UCACACAGACGCAGAGCCGGCGGAGGAGCGAGAGACGACCACCCGUCCCGCCGCCCCCAGACGCGAUCACAGCCGUCCGUCCGUCCCCGACCACGUGGGAGCGUUUUCUGUGGCCUGCAAAGGCCCACGCCUUUUCCCACUUUCCGCUUUCGCCCCAGCUCGCCGCUUGGAGCCACGAGUCGGAUGCUGCGGCGCGCGUCAUUAAGGCAGGGGGGCAUCUAGAUUCUAGACUACAUUCCUCCAUCCCCCACCUCCGGCGGCCGCAAUGCCGCUGCCGCUGGCGCAGGUGCAGGAGCUGCGGGACCGCCUCUCCGACCGCUUCCGCCCGUGGAGCCGCUCCGCGCAGUUCUGGGUCCGCGCCGUCGACAUCUACGGCAGCUACAAGGUGUGCCAGCUGCGCACGGGGUUCGUCAAGGAUGAGGAGGAGCGGGAGGCCAUGUGGGAGCAGCAGCACGAGAUCGGCGCCCAGAAGAUGUACUCCCUCUGCUCCGAGCUCGGCGGCCUCUUCCUCAAGGCUGCUCAAAUUCUGGGGAAGCCCGAUUUGGCGCCGACGGCCUGGGUGAAGAGGCUUGUUACAUUGUGCGAUAAGGCUCCGUCCACGCCGAUCGAAGUUGUCAGAGAUGUUGUGGAGAAACAGUUCUGCAAGAGCUUUGAUGAGAUAUUCGAUUUCUUUGAAGUUGAGCCUGUUGGGUCUGCUUCUAUUGCACAGGUGCAUCGAGCGAGGCUUAAAUCAUCCAAGACAGAUGUUGCUGUCAAGGUUCAACAUCCAGGAGCUGAACAAUUGAUGAUGGUUGAUAUCCGGAACAUGCAAGCAUUUGCCCUGUUCUUACAGAAAUAUGACAUCAACUUUGAUCUGUUCUCCGCCACAAAAGAGAUGGAAAAGCAGAUAUGCUAUGAGUUUGAUUUUGUGCGAGAAGCAAGAGCAAUGGAAAGAAUACGAGAAUUCUUACGUGUUAGCAAUAAGAAAUCUCCGGUUGUGGUGCCUCGUGUGAUUCCUGGAAUGAUUAGCAGAGAGGUCUUGGUCAUGGAAUUCAUACAAGGAACCCCAAUAAUGAAUCUCAGCAGUGAAAUGUCUAAAAGAGGAAUUGAUCCUGCUGGUAAGCUUGCAGCAAUGGCAAAGCAGAAGAUUCUAACGGAUCUUACACUUGCUUAUGGCCAAAUGAUCUUGAAGGAUGGCUUUUUCCAUGCAGAUCCACACCCAGGAAACAUCCUUAUCUGCAACAACACAGAGGUAGCUUUGCUUGACUAUGGACAAGUGAAAGAAAUGCCCGAGGAUUUACGUCUGGCUUAUGCAAAUCUUGUCAUUGCCAUGGCCGAUGAUGAUCUUUUGAGGACUAAAGAAAGUCUCAGUGAAUUUGGUUUCAAAACAUGGAGUAUAGCAGACAAUGAGCUAGAAGAACUGUUUCAGUUAUCUCUUAGAAUGUUUGAUACAAGAUUACCGCCUGGAGUAACCGUGCUCUCGCCCUUUGCUGACGAUUCUUCACUGAAUAAAGUUGGAGUAGAGAGCUUCCCAGAGGAAUUAUUUUCGGUCCUCCGAACGAUACAACUGUUGCGCGGGCUGACUGUAGGGAUGGGCCUCCGUUUUUCUUGUGCUCAGCAAUGGAAGCCAAUUGCCGAGGAAGCUUUGUUGAAGGCUGGGAGAAUAAAAGAUGUAAAAUCAAGAAGACCAAGAAGAAAUUUCCUUAGAAGGUUGUUUUAGGGAAGUAGAGAUGACGACAGCCCAAGAACCGAUAUGUAAAUCAUUUUGUAACGAACUGGCAGUAACCAAAAGGCAAUUUUUUUUCCUUUUUGUGAGGUUGUAGUGCUGGAGUAUUUGAUACUGAUUAUUUGUUAGUCUUUGAUCACAAAUUAUAUAUAAUAUGAUGAGAAACAUGUACUUAUAAAGAAGGAAAGAAAUAAGAGAAAUGUAUAAUUUAAUU